AUGAAACACCAUAUAAUCUACCUCUCUCUUCUUCUUUUAAGAAGGCCUGAUUUUAUUGCCGCGGGACCCUUGUCCAUCCCGUGGUCGGAUAAACCGCACGGGCCGGAUGGUCCAUGGCAUGCAGUUACGAUCAGUCUAGGUUCGCCCCAGCAAGCAAUCGACCUGUAUCCAGGGGGGAGUUGGGGUAGUGGAAUCCUCCUCUCCACGACCUAUCGAGAGGGAGCGCUAUUUAACAGUGACCUCUCCAGCACCUGGGACAAUACAUCCAUUCGGCUACCUCUUAUGAACAGCGACAAGACAAUCCAACCAAUGGGCACUGCCAAUGAACUACCCCUUUAUGGGAAGGCAGUGCGUGCGUUCGAUGAGGUCAACAUUGCAGGCUAUUCAAUACCAAAUGUCUCGCUGAACGCCUUCUCCGAUACCUACCAGGUAUACCCGGGAGGUAAGGUGUACCAAGUCGAAAUGGGGGUUCUUUCCCUCGGGUGUUCUGACAUCAAUCAAACAUUCACGGGAAAUCGCAACAUCGAGACAACAUUCGUCCCAAGUUAUCUCUAUGAGCAUGAUGACAUCCCCUCAUAUUCCUACGGCAUGCACAUUGGCUCCGUACCCCUGGGGAUUCCAGGCUCGCUGGUGCUGGGCGGCUAUGACAAAAGCCGGGUGCUGGGUGAUGUUUCGACGCAAUCAUACUCGAAUGGCGACCUCCCCAUCGAUCUACUAGAUCUCAAAAUCGGUGUCGUGAGUGGUGGCUCCCCCUGGACUUACACGGAUAAACCCGGUCUCCUCCACCAGGGAAACACUUCCAUCAACUACGGUGUCACUGUUUUCGCAAGCGGCGCCGACCCUUACAUAUAUCUCCCACACAGCACCUGCGAAGCCAUCGCGGCCGAGCUCCCCGUUACCCACCAUCCCGAAUAUGGUCUUUACUUCUGGAACACCGAGGACAAGCGCUACUCCGAGAUUGUGAGCGCGCCGACCUAUCUGGGGUUUACCUUCAGUAAGAACGGGCUCAAUAACGCAAAUAUCACCAUCAAGGUUCCAUUUUCGCUGUUAAACCUGACGCUGGGGGCGCCCCUCGUGGACAGGCCUACUCUAUAUUUCCCCUGUAUGGGCACGGAUGGGAGCUACGUGCUGGGCCGAGCGUUCAUGCAGGCUGCUUUUGUUGGCGUCAACUGGGGCCCGCAUCAGGGAAGCUGGUUUCUGGCACAGGCUCCUGGUCCCAACAUCCCCGGUACUACUACAGCGGUAACGAUCAACCCUUCGGAUAGUACGGUAAGUAGUAGUUCCAGUGAUUGGGAAAUCAGCUGGAAGGGGGUUUGGAAGGAGCUACCUACAACAUCGGCUUCGAACACGAGCACACCGACACGGCCGGAAGAUAAAAGCCAGAGCAGCGGAUUUUCUAUGGGAGCCAAAGUCGGCAUUGCCGUCGGAGUAGCGGCAGCAGCAAUUGUCGUGAUCUGUUUCAUUGCGUGGCGGUGGCUGCGGGGCCGUCGACAGCUUACGCUAGUAGGUGUGCAAAGCCAGAGAAGGGAUCAGGAGCAAUCUAAGAGGAUAUAUGAGAUGGAUAACACUGAGAGGAGUCGGGUUUAUGAAUUGUUAUAA